GCGGCGGCCGCGCCCGGCACACGGCGGCGGAACGGAGCCGAGCCGAGCCGAGCCGAGCGGGCAGAGCCGAGGUUGUAAAUCGUGCCUGAGCUGAGUGCUGAGAGCAGCCCCUGGAAGCAGCCGCGGUGACCGGCGGUCAUGACAACGGAGACAGGCCCCGGCUCUGAGGUGAGGAACGCGCAGGAGGACGCUCCGCAGCAGCAGCUGGAGGCGGCCGCCCAGGGCCCCACGGCCGCGCCCAACCCCGCCGGCCGCGACACCGACCCCAAUGAGAAGCUCGGGGCACAGCACGACACCCGAAACAUGGAGCCGGGCACAGACGUGGAGGACAAGGACUACAGUGAGACCGACGGGCUCUCUGACAAAACAACUCCCAGCAAGACCCAGAAGUCCCCCCAGAAAACCACCAAGAAAAUGAAGAGUGCCCUGUGCAGGGUGACCCUGCUCGAUGCGUCCGAGUACGAGUGUGAGGUGGAGAAACAUGCCCGAGGCCAGGUGCUCUUUGACAUGGUGUGCGAGCACCUCAACCUCCUAGAGAAGGACUACUUCGGCCUCACCUUCUGCGAUUCAGACAGCCAGAAGAACUGGCUGGACCCCUCCAAGGAGAUCAAGAAGCAGAUCCGCAGCGGGCCCUGGAACUUUGCCUUCACUGUGAAGUUCUACCCUCCAGACCCUUCCCAGCUCACAGAGGACAUCACCAGAUACUACCUGUGCCUGCAGCUUCGUGCCGACAUCAUCACGGGGCGCCUGCCCUGCUCCUUUGUCACCCACGCCCUGCUGGGCUCCUACGCUGUCCAGGCCGAGCUGGGUGACCACGACACUGAGGAGCACGUGGGCAACUAUGUGAGCGAGCUGCGCUUCGCCCCCAACCAGACGCGGGAGCUGGAGGAGCGCAUCAUGGAGCUGCACAAGACCUACCGGGGAAUGACCCCCGGGGAAGCAGAGAUCCACUUCCUGGAGAAUGCUAAGAAGCUGUCCAUGUAUGGGGUGGACCUGCACCAUGCCAAGGACUCAGAGGGCAUCGACAUCAUGCUGGGUGUCUGUGCCAAUGGCCUCCUCAUCUACAGGGACCGACUGCGCAUCAACCGCUUCGCCUGGCCCAAGAUCCUCAAGAUUUCCUACAAGAGGAGCAACUUCUACAUCAAGAUCCGCCCGGGGGAGUACGAACAGUUUGAGAGCACCAUUGGCUUCAAGCUGCCCAACCACCGCUCAGCCAAGAGGCUCUGGAAGGUCUGCAUAGAGCAUCACACCUUCUUCAGGCUGGUGUCUCCAGAGCCACCCCCCAAGGGUUUCCUGGUGAUGGGCUCCAAGUUUCGGUACAGCGGGCGCACGCAGGCGCAGACACGCCAGGCCAGCGCCCUCAUCGACCGCCCCGCGCCCUUCUUCGAGCGCUCCUCCAGCAAACGCUACACCAUGUCCCGCAGCCUGGACGGAGAGUUCUCGCGCCCAGCCUCUGUCAGCGAGAACCACGACGCCGGGCCUGAGGGUGAGAAGCAGGAUGAGGACGGUGAGUUUGGCAGCAGGAGACGCUCUGAAAUGGAGGAUGAGGAGGUGACCACCCCGACGAAGAUCAAGGAGCUGAAGCCGGAGCACGAAACAACCCCCAGGCACAAGCAGGAGUUUUUAGACAAGCCAGAGGACGUUUUGCUGAAGCAUCAGGCCAGCAUCAAUGAGCUGAAGCGGACCCUGAAGGAGCCCAACAGCAAACUGGUUCACAGGGACCGGGACAGGAGGCUGCCUUCCUCACCAGCCUCUUCCUCACCCAAGCACGAGGAUGAAACACCAAAGGGAACCCCUGAAAAGGCCACUGAGAGAGCGGGCAUGAGGGAGGGCACUGAGGAGAGGGUGAAACCGCCCCGGCACAGGGCCCCUGAGAGCGACACCGGUGAUGAGGAGCCCGACCAGGAGAAGGACUCGGUCUUCCUGAAGGACAACCACCUGGCCAUUGAGCGCAAGUGCUCCAGCAUCACCGUCAGCUCAACCUCCAGCCUGGAAGCGGAGGUGGACUUCACCGUCAUCGGGGACUUCCAUGGCACAGCCUUUGAGGACAUCUCCCGGAGCCUGCCCGAGCUGGACAAGGACAAGAGCGAAACAGAAGAUGAAGGCCUGGUUUCCUUCCAGCAUGCUGACAAAGUGGUUCCUGGACUGGAAGAGGAUGUCAAAGGCAGGGAUAAGGUCUCCCAGCCCAGCCCAGAUGUCUCCCAGCCAGAGCCUUCAGCCCCAAAAGCAGACGCUGUGACUGUGAAGAAGCCCGAAGCAGAAGGCUCCGCUCCCCAUCGGGUCAGCACCACAGACACGGCCCAGGUGGACGGAGACACCCCAGGCAGCUGGGACACCACCACCACCACCACUGCCCAGGCUGGCACCACAGAGACAGCGCUGGUCACCUCAGAUCACGGCACCAAGGCUGGCAAAGGGGCCGCUCCCACCACAGACCUUCGCUCCCUGUCACCGAUCUCGGGCGGCUCCGCUGGCAAGGAGGUGCUCACCAGCAUAUUCAGCGCCACUGCGGAAACGCUCUCCACCUCCACCACCACCCACGUUACCAAGACUGUGAAAGGAGGGUUCUCCGAGACCCGGAUAGAGAAGCGCAUCAUCAUCACAGGAGAUGAAGAUGUGGACCAGGACCAGGCACUGGCUUUAGCAAUCAAAGAGGCAAAACUCCAGCAUCCUGACAUGCUGGUAACCAAAGCUGUGGUGUACAGAGAAACAGAGCCCUCUCCAGAGGAAAGGGACAAGAAACCUCAGGAAUCUUGACCAACACGUUCCUGGAAGCCAACAUCUGUAUUCCAACCUGGAGAACAGGGGAGAAGGAGCCUUCAUGCUGGAUUUGUCAGCAAGACAUAGACAUCCUGGCUGCAAUGUUCAUGGCAAGAGACAAACAUUUUUAAAAAAGGAAUAACAAAUAUAUUAUAUAUAUAUAUACAUACCUACACACACACACAUAUAUAUAUAUAUAUAUAUAUAUAAACAGGAAACAAAAUGCAUCCUUGCACUGCUGCUACAUGCUGGAAAUGAAUAGCAAACAACGCCACCAACAAACAAAGCCAACCCUCUGCAGAUAAAUUGAAGAAUUUCCUGGAUUAGUGAUCAAAUCAGAUUUAAAAAGUCAUAAUAAUAACAAUAAUCUUGGUAACAAUACAAUAAGCCACCAUCUUGCAUGUUACAUGAAAGGACACACAAUCAUGAGUUCAUUUGUUGCACACUGAAUGGAAAGGAAAACUGCUUUGCAACAAAGCAAGUAAGCAAACUGAAGUAAAAAAACCACAAGCAGAAGCAAAACCCUUCCCCACCUCUGGAAAGAAGAGAGAAAAACAUUCAAGUUAUGACCUUAGAGUUAUUUUCCAAUUCGCAAGUGUCAUUUCACCCUUCUCCUCAUUCCAUGCUGGUUUUUUGCAUUUUUGGGGGUUCUGUUAACUCCUCCCACUUCCCUUCCUUAUCUUCUCUGUGCACUUGUCCAACCUCUUGUUCUCUGAAGGUAUUUAGGAAUGGGUUUCAUUUCAAACAAAGGAAAUGAUAUGUACAUGGUUUCUCAUCUCUAUCGAGCAGCCUGUGGGGUUUCAUAUGGAUGUGCAUUUCAGUUCUGUAUAUUAUUCUAUAUAACAGAGGGGGAGGGAGGGAACAAUGCUGAAAUAAUUCAACAGUGCUGGUACGGAUGAUGCCAACAUUUUAAAAUGGUUAACUCUUGGAUUGACUGUGGUUGGUGUACUUGGAGACUCUUAGAUCACACGUGGGACUCUGAGUCCCACAGGAAGGAAUGGGAAAGGUUUUGGCCGCUGCUGGCUGGGGGGGAAGGGGAGAGGGUGAGGGACAGGAAUGUCCUGCUGGUGAUCUGUGUGGUGGUGAGGUUUGGAGGGGCGGCGGUCACCUGGAGGGGCACGGAAGGCUCCAGCUCCAACAGCCGUAGGCAGGAUGGGCUCCCAGGAUGGGCUGCUAGCCCCCCAGAGCCACGGGGUCAGCUGGGAGGUGGGAGCCACAGGGCUCGGGGCUCCCCUGCAGGAGCCCUGCCGGUGGGUGGGGUGGAUUUGCUUUGUUUCUGGAUCCCAGUAAUGGAGGCACUUGAGUUUUGUAGUAGGGUCAAAGGCAGAGGGGCUGUUUGUGCCCUGCCUCCCCCACUACCAGAGGUGUGAUGGCACAGGGCCGGGGACAGCACUGGCAGGGCCGUGGCAGUGCUCCCCUGUCUGCCCAGGGAUGGGCAGUGCAGGGAGCAUGCUGUGUCCAUCCCUGCAGAGUGUCCCUAGCGUCCCAGCUGGAUGGGAGAGCCCAGGAGGUGUCAGUGGAGCUGCUCCCAGCUCAGCCUUCAGACACAGGCUCCUCCAGGGCUGCCUUGGGAAGGGGAUCGUGGGCCAAGCCCAGGGCCUCAUACACUGUGAACCAGGCAGUUCAGGUAGGCUCCCAACCAAAACCAGAAAGGAAAAGAAAGGAAAGAAAUGGGUUUCCUUCUUGGAAUUGUCUCUAGCUCCUGCAGAAACAGAAGGGCCCAUGAUUCUGCACCAUUUUGCCUUUAGUCUCCCACCCCUGACACAGGCUGUGCCCAGGACCAGGUGUGUUCUGCCAGGCCCUGCCAGGGCUCGCAGGAUGCCCGAGCAGGAGCGCCUGAGUCAUGAGGAUGCCGUGGGCAGACCCUGCUCCCACCUGCAUUGUCCCAGCAGGGAGCUGCUCCCUGGCACUGCUCACCCGUGAGUGUUCUCCUGGCAGAGAGGUGUGGAAGGAAAGGGGCUGCUGCCAGUGCCAGUGCCCAUCCCCAGCUGCCAGCCACGCACCUCCAGGGAGCACAGCUAUAGCCUAACAGCACUUAGGGCAGUUGCAAAGAGGCUCCUUUUCUCUCGUUUGUUUUCCCAAUGCACCCAAACUAGCCGUACCCAGCAGUGGCACUGCCAGGAGUGGUUGGAGGGCGUUCACCCGUACCUGGCACAGUUCAGGGUUGGGGGAGUCCACCUGGCUGGGGCACCUCCACAGCCCACCCAAGGCUGCUGUGACCCUACAGAGUUGCUUUUGGGGCUGUGCCCAGCCUGGGAAGCAAAGGUUCCCAUGGGAUUGAGCAGCCUUACAGAGUGAGGCUCCCUGUGCGCUUGGGCUGCCGUGAGUUUUGUUUGCAGUGAGCAGCCCCUGGCUCCCACAGCGUGUUCAUGGGUGGCACUGUCAAAACCUUUUUUUUUUUUUUUAAAAAAAAAAAAAGAAAAGGAAAUAAAAAAAGCUCACUGCUUGUUCUCCUGGCGAGGUGUGGCUUACUGCUGCUCAGCCCCAGCCUGCCCAUCACCACGCUCUGUUUCGGAUAGCUGGCCACUGCUUGUUUUCUUCCAGGGGCCUUUUCUGUGGAAGGGGGUGGGAGACAUGAGUGCCUGUUUUUACCCAAUCCUACAAAUUCAUUCUGAACCUGGCCUGCAAUUGCAUGAGUAAUAAUAACAGUAACAAUAAUAAUAAUAAUAUUUAUUUUUAUUUGAGAAGCACCUUACCGACCAACUGCAACGCUCUGUUGUUCCUUCACUAACUCUCCUUUUCUCUUCCCUUGUUCUCCUUCUCCCCCUUUGGUCAUACUCCUUUUCAGUGCUCAGUGGUGUAUGCGUGUGUGCUCACUGUUCUUGUAUUCAAUAAAAGUGAAAUAAAUGUGUUUGAUGCUAAAUCA